AAUAAACGAGACACAUCGGAUUUCGAAGGAAUCAGGUGGUAUUUUUGCCAUACAACUGUUUCGGUGGUUGAGAGAGCUCAUUUUUUUCAAAGGAAAAAACGUCUGAAAGGAUCUCUGAGCGAAUUAAGUCUGCUUUCGAACGAUUUUCAGCGAGCGAGAUUAAUCGGACGGAUUACCUGCUUUUUUUAAAGGUAAGGCCGUCCAAUGGAGGCUCGUCCUUUUGGUGGUUUCAAUCCCCGUCCCUCUCCGUGGGGUUACAACUGGACGACAGAGAAUGCUUCUUCUUCAGUCGGAUCCUCACCGCCGGGUCGAGACAGCGGGGCUCGGAAUUCGCCAGUUACGAGUUCUUCUUCUCCAGAGCCCCAAAUGCUCGCCAACCAGUACAUCAACAUGCCGGCCGCGCUGCUCAACACGCUGAAAAGGGAGAAGAAGCCUUUCACUUACACCCCCGGCGGUGUGAAUUUGUCCGAGGUGCUUAACGCCCGGCUGCAGAAGCGACUCGAGAGGAAGAAGAGGUAUUCCGAGGAACACAUGAACGAGAAGAAAGAGAGUUCGAACCCCGUCGACAGCUUGCCCAAGUUCGAGCCACCGAAGCAAGUGAUCGUGAUGCCCACUUAUAAUUCGCCCUUGGAUAUGUACUCUAUGGAGAACGCUCUAGAGGCCCUCGAAGUUCAAGCGGAACUGGUGGCUGCAGAUAAGAGUCUUUCUGCUCCUUCCCGCUCCGCGACUCUGCCACGAAACCACACCUUCCGCUUCCAAGACACAGAUUUCGAUUCCGCUCGAGGUGUCGCACAGUCCAAGGCUUUCAGAGUGCUGCAGAUUAUCACGGACACCGAGGAAGAGCCCUCUAGCAAAGAUAAAACCUCGAAGCAUCAAGACGAGAUGAGAUUCACUGGCAUUCGUGAAAGCAAAGAAAUUCCCUCGAAAUUCUUCCACAACUUGCAGAAGAUCACCGGCACGGCGGAAGACGAAGAAGAACAAAAGAAUACUGAGAUGAAUAAAGUUG